AUGAAAAAGUUGAUAGGAGUCGAGAAGAAGGCGGAAGGAGUGGGCGGAGCGGCGCCGAGCACCUCCACCGUCAACGCAACCAACACGCUCACGAAGAAGGAGAAAAAAGUGCUCGGCAGAAAGGUUUGUGCGGUUUUCUGUUUAAAAAAUCUCGAACAACCCCUCAUUUUCUCGUCAAAAUGAAACUAUUCUCGAGGGAUGAAUUACACGGGAAAGAACCGGUCGUAACUCGUCGAGAAGCUGAGAAAAUUGGUGUUUGACACGGGAAAAAGGGAAGGAAAUUACGAAAAUCGUUCGGUUUUCUAAUGGGAUUGGAAACUGAAAGAAACGAGUCUUUUUCCAUUGCGUUCUCACGUUUUUUGUGAAAUUCCAGCUUUCCCUAACUUGGUAACUCAUUACUCUCUCGUACCGAACAGGAAAGCCCCCUGGCACGAUGCCAAGUCUCUCUACAGUCCGUCUGCGUCUCUCCGAUCGGCGCGACCUCCCUCUUCUUCCUCUUUCCCAUUUGAAUAUCACAUUUUGGCGGCCACACGGAAAUAGUGUGCGAAUCGGGGAGAGUGCGCAGAGAAUUGAGACUCUCCCGAUUCACACUGAUUUUUGAUGAGUUCAAACGGGAAAAGUUGUUGAAUAAUACUACGUUCUUUCGCAUUUUUACGCAUUCGAUUCCUCGGGGGCUCGUCUCGUUGUCUUUUCCCGCCUUUUUUACGCUUUUUUUUUGGAGAUGCAUUGUCAUUUUUCAUGAUUUAGGUUGAUCUAGCUAGUUUCUACUUGAAAUGCAUUCUUUUCCAAGAACCCAGACUCGUUUUUGGAGUUUUCCCUCUUCUGUCCGUCUUCCACUGUUUUUCACCUAAAACCCCCAAUUUUUCAAACAGUAAACAUGUUUUUGAUAGUGAAUUCCGUCCGCUUGGGUAAUCAGUAGGCAAAUUGAGAAAUCUAUGCGAUUUCCUACCAAUCGAACGUUUUUUGUCCGUCCGAUUACUCAUUCCGUCAGUUGGUUGCCAUUUGACAUCGAUCACUUCUUUUUCUUGGUUUCGAAUGACUCAGUUCUGAGCUUGAACGUCUUUGCCCCAAAUUCAUUGAAAAACCGCGGGAAUUUGAUGUCUUCUAGCCCAUUUUUCUUGAAAAAGUGAAAGUCGGUGUGUAACCAGUUGGCACUGACACUAAAUGAUGAUGCUAAACGGACGCGACGAAUGGCGGCAGAUGUUGGCCGGUGGUGGUCACUUGGCUCCUCACACAGAGAAUUUUGUUCAUUUUGUUCGGCUCAACUCAACCGAAUACAUAUAUAUUCUCUGGAUGUAAUAAUGAGUGCUUCUAGUCUUCACUUUCUACACUUUUUACAAAGAAAAUUUUCUUGGCCUUACAAACUAAACCUUCUGAAAGUUACUGCCAUGCAAAUUCCAACUGUUUAAUAGUCAGCUCAAAGGCCUUCAGUUUAGAAUAAGUUUAUCAUUGACGUCUUCCCAAUCUGUUUGCCUAUUCCUUUCCUCUCUUUUUCUCUUUCUCUCUUUUCUUCUAUGAGGUGUUCUUUCUUUGUCAAACCAUUUCCAUGUUUACCCACAGACUUAUCAUGUGAGUUAUCAAAAAAAAGGCAACAGCUUUUGUCAGUAACGAAAAAUUGUUACUCAGUUGGAAUUUGGGCAAGUUCUAGUUGCUUUUAGUACAUUCUUGUCGAUGUCCUCUUUUCCGUCCGUCCGCCUGCCUCUCUGAUAUCUAUGCCCUUUUGCCCGCGUGUUUCCGUCCGCCUCAUUGGCUCAGUGGCAGAGCGUCUGUCUAGUAAACAGAAGGUCGCUGGUUCGAUUCCAGCAUGAGGCACCGAACUUUUUGCAGUCUUUUGAUCCAGUUUUAGACCGUUUUUGAGGUUUUGAAGAAUUUCGUAGAAUUUCGAUGAUAAUGCGGUUUUGCACAGUUUUGACGAACCUUUCUGACGACUUCUUCUAGUUUUCUCGUGAACUCGCUGUUUGUGCAGAUGUAUUUUGGUGCUUUUCACCCCGAUUCUCAAUGUUUGAGCAUUAUCAUCGCAUCUAUGUCAACAUUCGCUCCAGUGUCAUGUGAUUAUGCAAAACAGACAAAAAGUGCUCUCAUUCACAGUCUGACCACUUGACUCUCCCUCUCCAUCUCCCUCUCUCUCUUUCUCUUUCUCUCAAGCGGUUUUCUCUGAUCAGAAGGGAACCGAAUAGGAAAAGAAGGGAUUUGCAUAAUAACGAUGAUAGUACGUAUCGAAUUGUGAAUUCUGAUUAGCUGCGUGCCGACAAAAAGAGCCGAAGGACGGUUUUUCGCGCGUUUCUGGAUGGUUCCGCUACUGUAGAUUUCAAGAAAUGAGCGUAGGAACUCUCGGAAGACGUCAUGCCUACGCAUUCUACACAAAACGUGCUCCUCUAGCCGUCUUUAUCACAUUUUUCGGCGUCUAGAGUCUUUCACAUUUAAAUACAUCGUUUCAGCUUGAUUUUUACAGUUCGAAACAGUUCGAAACGGAAAAAUUCCAUUUUCCGAUGAUUUCUGAUCUCUAAACCAUAAAAAUGAUGUUUCCCCCUGUAAAAAAAAUCCCCUUGGAACUCUGAAUCACUCGAACCGAGCGAAUCGCACCCAUUUUUGCGCCUGGCCGGCCGAUUUCGCUCUGUUUAUUUGUUUAUCACAAGUUCGAUUUCCGUCCGAAUUCUCCGAAAUACACUUAUCGAUCGGGUCGUUCGAUGGGAAUCAUAAGAAAAAUUUGAAUAGAACGACCUUCUCUCUCUCUCUCUCUUUCUUUUUUGCGAGAAAGUCAAGUGACGCCGGGCCGCUGAUUGCCCGCCAUUUCAAUUCGAUUCAAUGCCAAACUGGGCUCAUUUUGAUGGCAUUUGUGCCGGUUUUUGUGAAGAAUUGAGAGGGUUACUGUCGUUUUGGAGUCUUAUAAUAUCCAGUUUGCUCACAUUCUGCUUGAAUUCUAGAAUUUUCCUUCAGUUUCAGACACGGUUUCCUCGAUUUCUUUUGUGUAGACACUUGGCAACCAGAAACUAUACCUCUCUUCACUUUCCCGUCACUUGGACAUUUAGCAACCGACAAUUGGUUGCGAAACGUCCGAAGCUACUGUGCUCUUGUCAAUCUCUGGAUUACUGUAGUGUUGAGCCGAUUUCCUUCUUCCGUGUUCCGGAUUUUCAAACUCUAUCUCCACUCAACACUGCUCUAGAUCUCCCGAUUUUCUUCUGAAUCUCACCGUCCUCCGUUUUUUUCCCAUUCUUCUCAACCUUCGAGUUGAAUUCCAGAAUGUCUAGUUCUUCCGAUUACGAGUCGCUAGACACCCCGCGCGUGGCGUCUCUCUCCGAUUUGGCACGUCUUCCGUCCGCCCGUCAGCCGCCUCCAGAAUCCACGGACGAUGAGGACAUGGCGGAAGAUCUCACGCCGACGCCCUCCACGCAAAACGUGCUCCUCGAGCCGUUCCAACACAUUUUUCGGCCGCCGGAGCCCGGAACUCGUGUGCAAAUGCGAGAAAAACGAGGAAAUCAGCAGCAGAAGGCUACCAUAUCCCAUUUUUUGAGCGACGAAGCUCCGGGACAGAAAUUCAAGCGACGGAGUGCCGAAAGGCAUUCGAUGCUCGCCGGAGCGGCCGAUUUUGCAAGCCGGAGAAGCCCGUUUCAGGGAAAUUCCGGGAAAUGGACCGAUUUGUUCAGUUCGAACCGAUUUAAAAGGAAAACUAGACAGAAAUUGACAAAUGUUAGUGGAGAAGAGGGGAGAAUGCUUAUUUUCAGAUAAAAUUUUUAAUUUUAAAGAGCUACUUUAUCAAAAUUGAACAAAUCUUCUCUGCAGAACGGUCCGUCCGCCUCUUCCGCGAGCAACGACGAUUACGGUACUUAUGGAGGCACACGGAGCAUCGGAGGCAUUUCUUUGGCCUCCAACUCAUCAGGUUCGCUUUUUUUAGGAGAUCACUAGGAAAAAAUGGGCAAAAAUAGUGAAUCAGUAAAAAUUUGAGAACUUUCGAAAAUUGAGAAAUCGGUUAGGUCACGCCCACGUCUCUCCAGUACUUUACCGCGUUUUCAUCACACAAUUGCCAAGUCAUCGGCUAUUUUUCUAAAUUCUAUGAGCAUGUUCACGAAAUACCUCCUUUUCUCGCCGGAUUUCGAUCACGGUGACACUCAGACGACGUCUUCCGAAUCCGAAUCCGUCGAAGAAUACUUUCCCGGCCUGGAAGAGGGUAAAUUGGGGGCGCCACGGGCGAAAAUGCGUGUGUUCGGUGGAAAAUGAGGAAACAACUAUCAACAAUUGUGAAAGUGCACAUUUUAACACAAUAUCAGUUCCAGGAGAAUCCUUCACUCGAUCAUGCACCGAAGAAGAGCUCCGCGAGCAAUUUCGACACAUUAUGGUGAGGGUUUUGCGUGUUUUUCUCAAAAAUUGAUAAACCCAGACUCUUCAAAGACUUGCCGAGCCUUUUGCAUACUUCCGAUUGGAUCCGAACUUUUCAGACUUGUUGUACUCGGAUUGAAGUGUUUGGGACCAAGUACAAGAAGUCUGAAAAGCUUGGGCCCGAUCAGAUCAUUGCAAAAAGGUCAAAAGUCCAGGCCUUGGAAGGCCUUCGAAAAGUCUGGGUCGGACACUGUUGGCCUUUUGCGCAGCCCUGAUUUUAAACAAUUUUCCAUUCAACUAUUGCAGCUGGAGAAGAACAUUCCGGCGUCGAAAGUGGAGGAGCUCGUGGCGACGGCGUCGAUGGAGCAAGUGAAGGCGAUGGUGACGAACGCGCGACGGACGGACGACGCGGCGGCGAAGAAGCAGAGUCCCGAGUGGAACAUCCACGUGCUCGCGCACAUUUUGAAGACCUCCGCCAACUUUGUCGACUGCAAACAGGACAUCGUCACCGUGCGCAUUCAGCUGCAGUGCCAGUCCGUCUCUUUUCUCUAUCAGGUAACGGAGCAUUCUGAAAAACGGCAUUUUCUGAUGCAUUCCCCACAAAACCCCCGCAAUUCGGUGAUUUUCAGUUCGCCGAGAACGUUCGAGACGAAUCGGGCCGGACGGGCGCGGAUCUCAUCUGCCGGCUCUACUCGGCCGUGCUCAAUAGGCUGCGGAGCACAGAACCGGGCUCCAAGAACGAGCUGGACCUCAUCGAUUUCCUGCAGGAGAUCGUCAAGUGCAUCCGCUCGAUCGUCAACACCCACGUAAUCCCCAGUUCUCUCCGAUCUCCCGCUCAUUUCCUUCGUUUCAGCUGGGCCUCGAACUGGUGCUCCGUCGCAACUCGCCCGUCUGUUCGCUUCUCAUUCAAACAAUGAUGAUUCUGAAUCGAAAAAGGAGCGGAGGCGAACACGAGGCGCCGGAGAUCCGCGCGUUGCGCUGUGACGUCGUCGCCAUCUGCGCCGGACUCAUGCUCGUCUCGCACGACACUCUUUCGGCAAGAGCCAUCGAAAUGACCGGGUACGGUAGACUGACUUCAUAAAACCGCAAACUCCUCUUUUCCAGUCAACAAAAGAUGUACAAAGAGCUGACGGACCUGGCGACGGCGGAGUCGAAGCGUCUCACGCACGCAGUCUCGCGCUUCCAACCGCUCGUCUCCUGUCUCGACUUCUUCGGCCAACGGGACCCUUCGCACACGAUGCGCGUCCUUCUGAUGCUCAACAUGCUCAUCAACUGCGUCGAUCGCAACUUUGGCGACGAGAGCAUCUGGAACGAGGAGACGAUGUGGCAGGCACGGAUGAGACUGCGGACCGAGUCGGCCAAGGACCGGCUAGGCAAGAAGAUCGAGGUAUCGAGCACCGGAACGCGCCGGAAUAAGAGCGGUUUUUGCAGAAAAUCAUCGCCUCGGAUAGUGCGGACUCGAAAGCCCGCGAAGUUGCGCAGAACAUGCUCACAGAACAGAAUGCCGACCUCGAAACGCUCGGGGGCAAACUGGAGAGCGUGAAGGGAGAGUACGACACUCUUGACGGAUGCUUCGAGCUGCUGGCCGCGAACUCGGAGGCCUCCGGCACCGAAUCCGUCCUCCUUUCGAUCCUCCAGCUGCUCUCGCUGACUCCCGAGGACCAGGCCACGAAAAGAGCCUAUCUGAAGCUGAUCGAGACGUGCGUCACCGAAAUAGUCCUUCACCGGACGCCGCUGGACCCGGAGGCCGAGGAAAAGUUUGUGUUCGAAGUGCCGGUCACGGAGAUCAUCGAACGGAUGCAGGACGAGGAAAUGGCGAAGAAGCUGCGGCAGGCGACGGCGGCGAAGCAGGAAGCCGUCGCCAUGCAGGGGGAGUACUGGAAGACGCUGUGCGAGCUUCAGACCGAGACCCACGCACUCAGGAAACAUGUACGUGCAGUGGACUACGGUGGAGAAGGGGUUACUGACUACAGUAUUCUUUCAAUUACUGUAGAAACUUAUUGUAGGCUGACAAAAAGGGUAACUUUUGUGGUUGACUGUUUGUCCAACGAGUAUGAUCAAUUUUACGUGAAUUACUGUAGAUUUUAGGAUGAAUCUGUGAACUUAUGGGGAAUUUGUGUCCUAGUGCAUCGAUUUUACAGGGAUUGAUGCGUAAAUCAGUAUUGGAAAAUGUCAGAAAAUAGAAUGAAAUCCCAACUCGAACCCUUUUCUCUUUCCAGCUGGCCGAUCCGAAAUCAACUCCACUGCCUCCGCUCACGCGAAUGACCCUCUCGGCGCCGUCCACCUCUUCAGGAUCCGGAUCCUCAUCACUUCCGCCCGUCACUGGAGGUCCUCCCCCACCACCGGGAUUGCCUCCGAUCACAGGCGGUCCGCCGCCGCCUCCCCCACCCGGAGGACUCCCUCCGAUCACCGGAGGACCGCCACCCCCGCCGCCGCUACCUCCGAUCGGAGGGGGACCGCCCCCUCCGCCGCCGCCGCCGCCGUUGCCCCGAGGAGGUCUGAAGGGAGGAGGGCCUCCGCCGCCACCGCCGCCCGGAAUGUUCGCGCCCAUCGCACCUCCCAUCCCCGACUAUCUGCCGCCGAAAAAAGUGCCGAAAGUGGAGGGACCGAUGCGGAAAUUCCCGUGGGGAGCGCAUACAAUCAAUCCGAGAGACAUCCCGAGGGACUCUUUCUGGGUCGGAACCAACGAGGAACAGCUGACCAGCGAGCGCAUGUUCGAACGCCUACGCACAAAGUUCGCGACGAAGCCGACGGUGUUCGGAGGCGCCGGAAUCGGAGGAAAACUCGAGAAGACGAAGAAGGUGAAGACGGCGCAGGUGAUCCACGACGACAAGCUCCUUCAGAAAUUGGGUACGUGUUUUCAGACGGGAUUUUAUGAACAUUUGAGGGGUUGUAUUGUUUUUUCUUGUAUUGUUAACUUUUCUGCAGGAAUCCUCCAAGGAUCGGUGAAAAUGUCGCACUCGGAGUUGAAGACGGCGAUUCUGGAGGUGAACGAAAAAGUGCUGACAGUGGGAUUUCUGGAGCAGUUGCGCGCGGCGGUUCCGCCCGAAAAAGAGCUCAUCGACAAGUUGCGCGCGGUUGAUAAGUCGCAGUUCGAGGAGAUGCCCGAGGGCGAACAGUUUAUGACGCGCCUGCUGCAGGUGAACGGACUGCCCCUCCGGCUGGACCUCAUCCUCUUCAAAAUGCGAUUCGCCGAGACGCUGAACGAACUGAAACCGGCCAUGUCUUCCGUCAUGGAGGCCUGUGAGGAAAUCCGCAAAUCCGAUGGGUUCGUUCUGGGAGAAAACAACAUUGUUACUGAAUUUUUAGAUUUUAUUUUUGAAAAAGAAACAUCGAUUUUUCAAUUUUUUCAUUUGUUUGCAGAUUCCGAACGUUCCUGAAGCUGACGCUCGCAACCGGCAACUUUAUGGGAGGAGCGACGAAGAACUACGCGUCCGCCUACGCAUUCGACAUGAAAAUGCUGACGAGACUGGUGGACACGAAGGACGUCGACAAUCGGCACACUCUUCUGCAGCACCUCAUCGAGGAGAUGAGGCGCAUCGACCCGAAACACGCAAGGUAACCGAUUUUGGCGGAUUUUUUGGAUUCCAAGAACAUUCCGUGUACUUUUUUGCGCUUCUCCCGAGUUUCCGUGAUGCCCAUUCUCUCUUUUUCAGAUUCGCACUGACCGACUUCCACCACUGCAUCGAAUCGUCGCGCGUGAACGCGGACGAGCUGCGAAAGACGGUCCAACUGACGGACUCUUCGAUCAAAAAACUCGAGAAUUGUCUGAAAGUGUACAAGAAUCAGGGCGAGCGCGACCGGUUCGACGAGAAGAUGCGUCCGUUUCUGGAGCGGGCGGCGAAGGAAUUCGCGACGGUGUCGACGAUGUCCGAAAAGAUGCGCAGGGACUGGGAGGCGCUCGUCAAGUACUACGCGUUCAACGCGAACAAAUACCCCAUGGAGGAGUUCUUCGCCGACAUUCGCACCUUCUCGGAGCAGUACGCGACCGCGUGGAAGGAGCUGGACGCGGAAGCGGAGGCGGCGAACGCGGAGGCGAAGCGGAAGGAGGCGGCCGUCGAGACGCAGAAGCGGAAACAGCAGCAGCAGCAGCAGAGGAUGCCCCUCGCGGAGAGACAGAACAACGGACGACAGGCAGUGCCGAGGACUCCGGCGGCCAUGAUACGAGUGUCCACUGGUAAGGGAACACUGGGAUCACGGUGUCUUGGAAGAAGAUUUCGGUUGAUUUAGAGGGAGGAAACAUUGUAGGUCUACUGGAAAAAACGGUAUUGUAACUAGUGCUCCUUUUUGAAUGAAUGGUUACCGACCGUAACCGCUAACUAGGGAAUGAUACCAAGAAAAGCUAGCCUUAUGGGACCGGACAUACAUGGUUCAAAAGAAAAUUUGAUAAGGGUUCCGAAUCCGGUGCCUCUUCUCUGCCGGAAUCUGAAAUUCGAGAAAAUCGUCCAAAAAAGUGGAGCUUAGCGGUUAAGGUCGACAAGUAGAGUCUGAAGGGCUAUUACUGUAGUGUCUAUCAUAAUAUCUUGCUCAUUUUGCAGCUGCGGACAAGGCGGGAGUGCUGGACGAGCUGGAACGGGCGACCGGGAACGACGCGUUCCUCCAAUCCCUAAUGUCGGCGACGUCGAGGACGCCCCGCACGGGAAUGCCUGCGAGGACACGCGGGGGAGUGCGUGGAGUGGGCGGCGCGCUUGGGGACCGACAUCGCGGUCCGAUCAUUGGAGGAGCGGCCGUCGGAGGAUCGAUCGGAGGAACACAACGAAAGAGCGUGCUCCUGGAGCAGCCUUCUUCUUCCGCUCCUCCGGAAGCGUCGCGGAAGGGAAGCGGAAGCACCGCGUUGGAAAGGGCGAAGGCGUUCGGAGUGGGACUGCCGAUCGGACAGAACGAACUGAAGAUCCGCGUGCGCAGGAAGGGACAGCCCGCCGUUCCGGUUACGGUAAGCCAGUGGAUUCGAUGAACUUCUUCCUUCGAGCCUCGAAAUUUUGCAGAACUUCUCGGAAUCGUCGCAAGUGUCGCCGACGCACAAGGAGAACGAUCCGACGUCGUCUGGAGCCGCGACUGCCACGUCAUCAGGGUCGGUUCCGUCGACGGACGAUCUUCUGGCGAGACUCAACGAAUUCUAA